CGCCCCUGCGCCCAAGUCCCGCGGCGUCGGCGGGAGCGGCGCAGCGCGGCCCGGGCCGGGCGGGGAGUGCGUUCUGCGGCGGCCAUGCCCACCAACUUCACCGUGGUGCCCGUUGAGGCGCGCUCCGACGGCGGCGGGGACGAGGCGGCCGAGCGGACGGAGGCGCCGGGCACCCCCGAGGGUCCGGAGCUCGAGCGCCCCAGCCCGGGAGAUGGAAAUCCGAGAGAAAACAGUCCAUUCCUCAACAAUGUGGAGGUGGAGCAGGAAAGCUUCUUGGAAGGAAAGAACAUGGCGCUUUUCGAGGAGGAGAUGGACAGCAACCCCAUGGUGUCCUCACUGCUUAACAAGCUGGCCAACUACACCAACCUGAGCCAGGGCGUGGUGGAACACGAGGAGGAUGAGGAGAGCCGGCGGCGCGAGGCCAAGGCUCCACGCAUGGGCACCUUCAUCGGCGUCUACCUACCAUGCCUGCAGAACAUCCUGGGCGUCAUCCUCUUCCUGCGCCUGACGUGGAUCGUGGGGGUGGCCGGCGUCCUGGAGUCCUUCCUCAUCGUGGCCAUGUGCUGCACCUGCACAAUGCUGACAGCCAUUUCCAUGAGUGCGAUCGCCACCAACGGUGUGGUCCCAGCUGGUGGCUCCUACUACAUGAUAUCGCGCUCGCUGGGACCGGAGUUCGGAGGCGCCGUCGGCCUCUGCUUCUACCUGGGCACCACGUUCGCAGGGGCCAUGUAUAUUUUGGGGACCAUCGAGAUUUUUCUGACAUACAUCUCUCCGGGCGCGACCAUCUUCCAGGCGGAGGCCGUGGGUGGCGAGGCGGCCGCCAUGCUCCACAACAUGCGGGUGUAUGGCACAUGCACGCUGGUGCUCAUGGCCCUGGUGGUCUUCGUGGGCGUCAAGUAUGUGAACAAGCUGGCGCUGGUCUUCCUGGCCUGCGUGGUGCUGUCUAUCCUGGCCAUCUACGCUGGUGUCAUCAAGUCCGCCUUCGACCCCCCGGACAUCCCGGUCUGCCUCCUGGGGAACCGCACACUGUCACGGCGCAGCUUCGAUGUCUGUAUCAAGGCCCGGGUCGUCCAAAACGGCUCGGCCACCUCUGCACUCUGGGGCCUCUUCUGCAACGGCUCCCUGCCUAGCGCCACCUGUGACGAGUACUUCACCCAGAACAACGUCACCGAAAUCCAGGGCAUCCCCGGUGCGGCCAGCGGCGUCUUUCUGGAGAACCUGUGGAGCGCGUAUGCACAGGCGGGGGCGUUUGUGGAGAAGGAAGGCGUGCCCUCGGUGCCCGUGGCAGAGGAGAGCCGCGCUGGCGCCCUGCCCUACGUGCUCACGGACAUCGCAGCCUCCUUCACCCUGCUGGUCGGCAUCUACUUCCCUUCCGUGACUGGUAUCAUGGCGGGUUCCAACCGGUCCGGGGACCUCAGGGAUGCACAGAAGUCCAUCCCCACGGGGACCAUCCUGGCCAUAGUGACCACGUCUUUCAUCUAUCUCUCCUGCAUCGUGCUUUUUGGGGCCUGCAUCGAAGGCGUGGUCCUACGAGAUAAGUUCGGGGAGGCCCUGCAGGGGAACCUGGUCAUCGGCAUGCUGGCCUGGCCCUCGCCCUGGGUCAUCGUCAUUGGCUCCUUCUUCUCCACCUGCGGGGCCGGCUUGCAGAGCCUCACGGGGGCACCGCGCCUGCUGCAAGCCAUUGCCCGAGACGGCAUCAUCCCCUUCCUGCAGGUGUUUGGCCAUGGGAAGGCCAACGGGGAGCCCACAUGGGCGCUGCUGCUGACGGUCCUCAUCUGCGAGACUGGCAUCCUCAUUGCCUCCCUGGACAGCGUGGCCCCGAUCCUCUCCAUGUUCUUCCUCAUGUGCUACCUGUUCGUGAACCUGGCCUGCGCUGUGCAGACACUGCUGCGCACCCCCAACUGGCGGCCCCGCUUCAAGUACUACCACUGGACCCUGUCCUUCCUGGGCAUGAGCCUGUGCCUGGCGCUGAUGUUCAUCUGUUCCUGGUACUAUGCGCUCUCUGCCAUGCUCAUCGCCAGCUGCAUCUACAAGUACAUCGAGUACCGUGGGGCUGAGAAGGAGUGGGGUGAUGGCAUCCGUGGCCUGUCCCUGAAUGCUGCCCGCUAUGCGCUACUGCGCGUGGAGCAUGGUCCCCCCCACACCAAGAACUGGAGGCCCCAGGUGCUGGUGAUGCUGAACCUGGACACGGAGCAGGCUGUGAAGCACCCUCGCCUGCUGUCCUUCACGUCACAGCUGAAGGCUGGCAAGGGCCUGACCAUUGUGGGCUCGGUACUGGAGGGGACAUACCUGGACAAGCACUUGGAGGCUGAGCAGGCGGAGGAGCCUCCAAACCAGAAGGCAGUGCAAUGUGGGGGUCUGGUCCGUCAUGGACAGAAGUGCCCUGUCUGUAGAUGUGUGCAAGUGAGGAACCACUUACCCCAAAACGCAGCAGAGGACCUCCGCGGAGAGGCACGUUUGCUCCGAGAGGGAGAAUCAGGCGGGAAGGGGCCUCCACUACCCCGCAAGGCUGAGACCCACCAGAACAUCCGGUCCCUGAUGAGUGCGGAGAAGACCAAGGGCUUCUGCCAGCUGGUGGUCUCGUUCAGCCUGCGGGAUGGCAUGUCCCACCUCAUCCAAUCGGCCGGCCUGGGCGGCCUCAAGCACAACACGGUGCUCAUGGCCUGGCCUGCGUCCUGGAAGCAGGAGGACAACCCCUUCUCCUGGAAGAACUUCGUGGACACCGUCCGAGACACCACCGCCGCGCACCAGGCUUUGCUGGUGGCCAAGAACAUCGAUGCAUUCCCGCAAAACCAGGAGCGCUUCAGCGGCGGCCACAUCGAUGUGUGGUGGAUUGUGCAUGACGGCGGCAUGCUCAUGCUGCUCCCCUUCCUGCUGUGCCAGCAUAAGGUGUGGAGGAAGUGCCGGAUGCGUAUCUUCACGGUGGCCCAGGUGGACGAUAACAGCAUCCAGAUGAAGAAGGACCUGCAGAUGUUCCUGUACCACCUGCGCAUCAGCGCUGAGGUGGAGGUGGUGGAGAUGGUUGAAAAUGACAUUUCUGCCUUCACCUACGAGAGGACGCUGAUGAUGGAGCAGAGGUCGCAGAUGCUGAAGCAGAUGCAGCUGUCCAAGAACGAGCAGGAGCGAGAGGCCCAGCUGAUCCAUGACAGGAACACCGCGUCCCACACCACAGCGGCGGCCAGGACCCAGGCGCCGCCCACUCCAGACAAGGUGCAGAUGACCUGGACCAGGGAGAAGCUGAUCGCCGAGAAGCACAGGAACAAAGAUGCCAGCCUGUCCGGGUUCAAAGACCUCUUCAGCAUGAAGCCAGAAUGGGGAAACCUGGACCAGUCCAACGUCAGGCGGAUGCACACGGCCGUGAAGCUCAACGGCGUUGUCCUCAGCAAGUCCCAGGACGCGCAGCUGGUCCUUCUCAACAUGCCGGGCCCCCCAAAAAACCGGCAGGGGGAUGAGAACUACAUGGAGUUUCUUGAGGUCUUGACCGAAGGGCUGAACAGAGUCCUCUUGGUCAGGGGCGGCGGCCGGGAGGUGAUCACCAUCUACUCCUAAGGCUCAGCAGCAUCGCGGCACGCUGGGGCGGGCACGGAGGAUGGCGUGGGCAGCCUGCGCCCAGGCUCGGCCCAGGGAAACAGACGGCAGACACACCUGUCCCCAGUGAUGCCGCCUGGCCUGCCGUGGGGCUUCCUUCUGAGGUUUCUAGGCCCGCCACCUAGGGCUCUCCUGUUCAGCAGCCUUAAACCCCAGGCUGGGCCAGCGAGGGCAUUACUGGAGGGUUUCCUUGAGUCCGAGUGCGGACGCCACUGCAGGAGUGACCUGGACGUGGCUGGAUCUUCUUGCAGGUCAUGAGAGGCCAGCGAGCCCGCUCUUGGUUUCUGGAAGUCCUUUUCCUUGGCUGGACUUACCCAGUGGUUAGGUUGCAUUUCUCCCCUAUCCAGAGCAUUCUUGGAAGAGCACCGGAGCUGAAGCUGUCCCUGGUGAUAAAGGUAAACCGUCAGCCCUGGCCACAGCUCCCUGCAGGGCCUUGGUCGCCUGAGUCCCUCUGUUCCUUGGCUGUUUUUGUAUUUCUGCACCUCAAGACAGCAAAGCUGGAGGACGCUGUCCACGCCUGCAUCACCCUCGUGUGGGAGCCUCUGGGCUUGGCAGGUCCACACUUGACCAGCUGGCGUGGCCGGGGCCGUCUGCAAAGGGAACUCGGUUUUUCUGGAAUGCGCUGGACCACCUGUUGGGGGUGUGGUGAAUACGGUGUGUCCCUCGGGGCUUACGCUCCAGGAAGGAGCCCCCAGCCGUGUCUGCCACGCCAGGCUGUGUCUGCUGCCAUCCGAGUCUCCAUCCGCCUUCAGAAAACCAGCCACUUCAUUCAUGAGCACUGAUAGGGCCCAGCUCACGGCACUGCUGCCGUCAGCGCCUCCUGCAGGCGAAUGCACUGAAACCCAGGGCCGCAGGUGUGUACGCGGAGUGAACGCCAAGUUCCCCGCCCAGCCCACGACAGCCAGGACUCCACCCCACGAGCACAGUGCACGGUUCAGCCUCUGAGCUGGCUCACACGUGGCAUCCCCAUCCCGGCGCUCCAGAGAGGGGGACACGGCCUCUGCGUGGGAGGUCCUUGGGCAGCAGGGGUGCCUGGCGUCAGGUCUGUCCGGCUGACUCCAAGGCAUCCCCUGCUGUGGCUUGUGCCUUUCGUGGAGGCAGCAGAGGCACUGAAAAGAGAUUCCUUCCAGGUCCCAGCACACUCUUCACUUCUGCUGAGUUUCUGCUUUAUAGGCUGUGGUUGCAUCUGCAGGCUGUGGCAGUGGCACUGACUGGGGCCUCCCCUUCCGUGUGGCUUAUUUAUUUAUUUAAACACCCAGGGAGUCCAUGGUAACGAGGCCUUCCAUCAAGAGGCUGCUUCUGUACUAGAGGCCCCAGGUGGCCAGGCCCUGGGCUGUGUCUGGCUUGCACGGUCUCCCGAGGGAAUCGGCCCCAUCGCCAAAGUUCAGAGCAGGGCAGAGGCUGCACGUGUGCUUCCAGGCGUUUCUGAGGCUCUGCUCUGGGGCUGGCGUUGCCGUAGAGACAUCACUGCAGGGCCCAGCAUUCCCACAGCCUCUGCCUGUCUUGGCUCAGCCCUGAGUUAAGCAGCAGAACUGCCCUCUGCAUCUGGGUGGGGCCGGCAGGUCCUGCGUCCGUGCACCUGACGGAGAGCAGGCUGGAGGUGCAGCAGCCCUCUGAACGUUGGUUGGUGGCUGGAAAACCGUGCGUGCGGGACGCUUCUGAGGGCCACUCAGUCCUCCACACAAAACGCCUCAUGAGGGCUCCACUCUGCUCUGCCCUGUGCGCAGCAAUGCCAGGCAUCCUUUCCCUUGUCAGCUCGUGUAACUGGUAACUGCGGCCGUUGAAAGUUGAUUCCAUGUUCCUUUUGUAGGUUCCUUUGUACGAUUUUGUUAGUAGAAAAGUAAAAUCCUAUGAAAUCUGA